UCUCUCUCUCUCUCUCUGUGUGACUCUGACUUCGACCCUCUUAACUAAUAGGAGUCACUCACUACGCACACUUCCAACUUUCUCAGAACCAUAUCUACUGACUCACUCGUUAUUAUUAAGCAAUCUUUUUUGGGUCCUGCUUCCCAGCUUCAUCUUAAUCGCACGGUUUAGUUACUUUCUCUCUAUUCGAUCGGUUUUCUGGGAAAGAAUGGGUUCGGAGGACAAAGGGUUGGGGUUCUUUAAGGAGAUCGGUUUGGCUUCCAACAAUAUUGGCUCUUACAUUAACGGCCAAUGGAAGGCCAACGGUUCUUCAACCACUUCUCUUAGUCCUUCUAACAAUCAGGCUAUUGCUCAAGUGACCGAACCAACUUUGCAAGAUUAUGAGGAGGGAUUGAAUGCUUGCAAUGAAGCAGCUAAAAUAUGGAUGACAGUUCCAGCGCCUAAGAGAGGUGAGAUUGUAAGACAGAUUGGUGAAGCAUUAAGGGCUAAGUUGGAGCCUCUUGGUAAAUUGGUGUCUCUUGAGAUGGGAAAAAUUCUUCCCGAAGGAAUCGGGGAGGUUCAGGAAAUUAUCGACAUGUGUGAUUAUGCUGUUGGGCUAAGCAGGCAAUUGAAUGGACAAAUUAUACCAUCAGAACGUCCGGACCACAUGAUGCUUGAGACAUGGAACCCCCUGGGAAUAGUUGGCGUGAUAACUGCUUUCAACUUUCCAUGUGCUGUUCUAGGGUGGAAUGCUUGCAUUGCAUUAGUCUGUGGUAACUGUGUUGUCUGGAAGGGCGCUCCAACAACUCCAUUGAUAACUAUUGCUGUGACAAAGCUAGUAGCUGAAGUUCUUGAGAAGAACAACUUGCCUGGUGCAAUAUUCACCUCUUUCUGUGGAGGUGCGGAAAUUGGUCAGGCAAUAGCAAAAGACACACGCAUUCCCCUGGUCUCAUUUACUGGAAGUACAAAGGUCGGCUUGACGGUCCAGAAAAUAGUUAAUGAAAGAUUUGGCAAAUGCCUGCUUGAGCUAAGUGGUAACAAUGCAAUUAUAGUCAUGGAUGAUGCAGACAUCAAACUUGCUGUGCGCUCUAUUCUGUUUGCUGCUGUAGGAACUGCUGGUCAGCGUUGCACAACAUGCCGUAGACUGUUUGUGCAUGAGAGUAUUUACAAAGAUGUACUAGAUCAACUUGUUGAAGUCUACAAACAAGUAAAAAUUGGGGACCCCCUCGAGAAAGGGACUCUAGUUGGCCCCUUGCAUACUCGUUCUUCAGUGGAAAACUUCAAGAAUGGUAUUUCAGCCAUAAAAUCACAGGCAUGGAAGAUCUUAACAGGUGGGUCCAUAGUAGAUUCGGAAGGAAAUUUUGUACAACCGACAAUUGUUGAGAUUUCUCCAGAUGCUCCUGUAGUUAAAGAGGAAUUGUUUGGUCCAGUACUAUAUGUUAUGAAAUUUCAGACUCUAGAAGAAGCAAUUAUCUUGAACAAUUCUGUUCCUCAAGGGCUGAGUAGUUCAAUCUUCACAAGACGACCUGAAGCUAUAUUCAAGUGGAUUGGGCCACGAGGUAGUGAUUGUGGUAUAGUGAAUGUAAACAUACCGACAAAUGGAGCUGAGAUUGGUGGUGCCUUUGGUGGGGAAAAGGCAACCGGCGGUGGUCGUGAAGCAGGAAGUGACUCUUGGAAGCAAUACAUGCGCCGUUCUACAUGUACCAUCAAUUAUGGAAGUGAACUCCCAUUAGCUCAGGGAAUAAACUUUGGCUAGAAAACUAUCCUUGCACGUGAGGUAAUUAACUGCAAUUUUCAGCAAGAGGAGAGAAUCUAUAUGCCAAAUUGAAAUUUGGCUAAUAUGGCUUCAAAGUGUUGUUUUAGCAAGAUAUGCUGUAAAAGAAUGCACCUUGACUAGACAGUUUCAAUGUAACAAACAAAUAUCCAAUAAAUCAGGUGCAAAAAUAAAAACUUAGCUUCAA